AUGGAGCCAGGACUGCUCGUCAAUGUGCGCGGUUCAACUGCCUUCUACAAGGGCUUUGUGAACGAUGUCCACGAAGCUUCUGUCACCAUCUUCUUUGAAAACAACUGGCCGAGUGAGAGACAGAUUCCCUUUGGGGAUGUCUGGCUACUGCCUCCAGCUGACUAUAAUAAAGAGAUCACAGAAGUGGAUGAGGUUGAGGUUUAUUCUCCACCCAAGGAGCAGGAACCUUGGGGCUGGUGGCUGGCCAGGGUGAGGAUGAUGAAGGGAGAUUUCUAUGUCAUCGAAUAUGCUGCCUGUGGUGCCACUUACAAUGAGAUUGUCACCCUGGAGCGGCUCCGGCCAGUCGAUCCCAAUCCUCUUGCAACCAAAGGCAGCGUCUUCAAGGUGACCAUGGCCGUGCCUGAGGAUCUCAGAGAGGCCUGCUCAAAUGAAAACGCCCAUAAAGAGUUCAAGACAGCACUGGGACGGAACUGCAUCUUUCUCAACAUCACAAAUAGUGCGCUCUUCAUUCUCUCAACCACAGAGGCCCUGGUGAAGCCAUCGUCCCUGCUGGGUGACAUGCAUUUUCUAAGCCUGCGGACCAAACUGCUACUCACGUCCUGCAACGAAGAAGCUACCAAACACCUAGAGACAAGUAAGCAGCUGGUGGCAGCCUUCCAGUUCACGGUGCGAGAGGACGUAAUGGGACUGGUGAUGGGGACUCACGGUGCCAACAUCCAGCAGGCCCGAAAAGUACCUGGGGUGACGGCCAUUGAGUGGGGUGAAGAGACCUGCACUUUCCGCAUCUAUGGGGAGACUCCUGAGGCGUGCAGCUCGAUGGAGAAAAGUGGUUCUCAGAGGUGA